AUGAGCACAAUACAGAACAUCAAAAACUUCAUUCGGCAUGGGAAACAAGCUCGCUUUGUAACACCUCAUUCCGAACCCACCACCGACGUAUCUGCCAUUCACGCCGAGCAACAACCACAACCCCAGGGUCAAUUCUCCCCCGCUCUGGAGGCCUUUGACACAGGGGAUACUCGUGGGAAUACCCACGCGACCGCACAACCUCCUUCAGAUUCCCAGUCCCACCGCGAUCGCUCCGUCGAAAUUGAACGUAUCGUCGCCGAAGAGAAGGAAACCCGCUCCAAGAUGCCUACAUACCCCGGCCUCGAGCGCUGGAUCCUCGUUGAGAAAAUGGGCGAUGGCGCCUUCAGUAACGUCUAUCGUGCCAAGGACUCGACAGGCCAGCGUGACGAAGUCGCCAUCAAGGUUGUCCGCAAAUUUGAAAUGAAUAGCAAUCAGUCCGAUCAUCUUCAUCCGAGCAUCAAGGUUCCCAAGGCUGCAGAGCGAGCAAACAUCCUCAAGGAAGUCCAGAUCAUGCGCAAUUUGGAUCACCCCAACAUCGUCAAACUGGUCGACUUUUCCGAAUCCCGCCAAUAUUACUACAUCAUUCUUGAGCUUUGCCCCGGUGGCGAGCUUUUCCACCAGAUCGUGCGAUUGACAUACUUCAGCGAAAACCUGAGCCGACACGUGAUUUUGCAAGUUGCGGAAGCGAUUGAAUACCUCCACGAGACAUCUGGUGUGGUGCAUCGUGAUAUCAAACCCGAGAACCUCCUUUUCUACCCUGUCCCUCACGUUCCCAGCAAAAAUCCCAAGGCCCAACAACCGGGUGAUGAAGAGAAGGAGGAUGAAGGAGAAUUCACUCCGGGAGUUGGCUCUGGCGGUAUCGGUACAAUUAAGAUCGCCGAUUUUGGUCUAUCCAAGGUAAUCUGGGACAGCCAAACGAUGACCCCUUGUGGUACUGUUGGAUAUACUGCGCCCGAGAUCGUGAAGGAUGAACGGUAUUCAAAGAGUGUGGACAUGUGGGCUAUGGGCUGCGUCCUCUACACACUUUUGUGUGGUUUCCCUCCAUUCUACGACGAGAGUAUCCAGGUCCUCACGGAGAAGGUUGCGAGAGGUCAAUACACGUUCCUGUCACCAUGGUGGGACGACAUCUCCAAGUCGGCCCAAGAUCUCAUUUCGCACCUAUUGACUGUCGACCCCGAGAAACGGUUCACCAUCAAAGAGUUCCUUGCCCACCCUUGGAUCCGAGGGACAGACGAGGAAACCACCGCGGCUGCUGAUGCGCCGCCUCUGGCCACACCCCUUGGCCCAGUCCAGCAACAAGGCCCGAAAUUCGACCCUAUCGGCGCCGAUCAAGCUCCAUACCAACCCACCAGCUCUCGUGCCUCCCUGGAUGUUCCCUCUGUUGGCAUAGACCGCCGAAUGGACUUCCGUUCACCCGGUGCAUUCAAUCUGCGUGAAGUGUUCGAUGUCGGUUACGCAGUCCACAGACAGGAGGAAGAAACCAAACGCCGCCGACACGUUCGCCAACAGGCAGCCCAAAGCGGCAACUCGGUGGCCGGUUUCCAGUCCGCACUUGGAGAUCUCAAUGAAGGUUAUGACGACGAACCUGAUUACCGCGCCGGACUUGAUGCAGCUGCAGGCCAACCGCCUCUCAAGGUUGCCAAGCCCAGCAAUGGUGGUGAAAUGGCCGGCAUGGAAGCUAAGCUUCGCUCCACCAACCUCGGUGCCCAGAGCAGUGCCGCGCAAGCGCGACAAGCUCACCGACAACCUCCUCGCAAGCAAGGGUAUGGUCAGCAUGAUGCGAAUGUUGCCGCCGCUGCCAAGAGCAGCAUCAGUCAGAGAGCCCAACAACCGUUCGAACUCACCUUGAACGGCGCAACGCUGCUAGAAAAGCGCGGUCGCCGCAAUCAACCGGUCAUCUGA